ACCUAAACUACAAUUUAGUCUAAUUCGCUUGGCUUCGUACUAUUGAUACAUGUAUAUUAAGUGUAGUUUCCAUAACCCAUUUCUAUAUUUUGAUCGUGACUGACGAAAUGAGCUAAUUACCGGUAUCAUCUUUACUUUACUGAUUUCGUGUGUCCUCUGGAUCGUAUCCUUUCCAUACUUCCAUUGGCGAUUCCACAGAUAUUUUUCCAGGCAUGCCUUUGAGGAACAUCCUAGUAAUAUCAUAAUUGCGAAUUCAGAAGGUUUUCUGUUAACGUAAUACCAAGACACCGUUCGUGUUGCAAACUCACUUAUGCUGAGAAGAAAAUCGCUGACUUGUGAUUUUUUUUGCUUCUGCUGUUCAUGAAAGUGAAUAAAGGUGGUAUGAGCGAGGGCCACUCUUCGCAGGGCUAUAGGCUAAGGAAGCCAGAGAGUAAUAGAGGGCACUACCAUAAGGAUGUCAUGCCAGGGAGUGAGCUCUGGACUGAUGGUCUUAUUUGUGCUUUCGAGUUUGUUAGUGGACAGAAAAAAAUUGGAUCAAAAUCUUCUACAAAAGGUUUACCACCUUAUGAAAUAGAUAAUGAAAUUGUUAAAAAGCCAGUGCAUGCUUAUAAAGCUGCCGGGGCUUCUGCUGAGAGCACCAACGGGGACAGUUUGCUGGAUUCUACCCCUAUUGUUGAGUCGAGAGCACAGGAAAUUUCUCCUGCUGAUGGCAAGAUGGAUAGCCAAAGCUCUCCCCACCAUCAUCUUCAUAAUUUGGAUAGAGUUGGAGGGAGCCGUUGGAUUCCUAUUGGCUGGCCUAGGAUUUUGGAACUAGUGCAAACUGUUCAAGCGGAUGCUGGAUGGUCCACCCAGCAGUUUGAUCUCAUGGAUGAUGAAGAUGGCCUCACUGUUGCGGAUUUAGUCGCUCCCUACUGGGAGCGUCCAGCUGGACCUAUAUGGUGGUGCCAUGUGACUGCUGGUCAUCCUUCUGUAGAUGCUUGGCUCAGCCAUGCCCUGUGGUUGCAUCCUGCAAUUAGUAUUGCUUUAAGAGAUGAAGGUCGGCUAAUAAGUGAAAAAAUGAAACACCUCUUGUAUGAGGUCCCAGUAAGGGUGGCUGGAGGGCUAUUAUUUGAGCUGUUGGGGCAAUCUGCUGGUGAUCCAUAUGUUGAUGAAGAUGACAUCCCUGUUGUAACUCGUUCUUGGCAAGCACAAAACUAUUUAGUUACGGUUUUGCACGUGAAAGGAUCAGCAAAAAGCAUCAAUGUUUUGGGUAUCACAGAAGUUCAGGAACUACUUCUUGCUGGUGGCUAUAAUGCACCAAGGACAGUACAUGAAGUCAUUGCGCAUUUAGCUAGCCGCCUUGCUAGGUGGGAUGACAGGAAGAGACUCAUCAAGCUGUUAACUAUUAAGUAUGCAAGUCAUUUGCGGCACUUUCGGUUGAAUAUGCAAUCCUGUUGGUUAUUUCGGAAAUCGAUAUUUGGUGGAGCAGAUGAAGUGGAAUUGAAGUUUGUUAACAGGAGGAACAAGGAAGAUCUGAAUCUCUUAGUAAUAAUUCUCAACCAGGAAAUCAGAAGAUUAUCAAGACAGGUUAUUAGAGUGAAAUGGUCACUUCAUGCUAGGGAAGAGAUUGUUUUUGAACUUCUUCAGCAUUUGAGAGGAAAUACAACUAGAAUUCUACUUGAAGGAAUAAGAAAGAGUACGAGGGAAAUGAUUGAAGAGCAAGAAGCAGUUCGUGGACGCAUAUUUACAAUUCAAGAUGUCAUGCAGAGCAAUCUCCGUGCAAGGUUGCAGGAUAAGAGUCUCAGAGUUUCUCAUAAUUUAGCUGUCUUUGGUGGAUGUGGCCUUGUUCUUACGAUCAUCGCCGGUCUUUUUGGAAUCAAUGUGGACGGGAUCCCUGGAGCUGCGAACACACCUUAUGCGUUCGGUCUAUUCUCACUCCUCCUUGUCGUCCUAGGCAUCGUGCUCAUUGCUGUUGGCUUGCUAUACCUUGGGUUAAAAAAGCCGAUCACUGAAGAGCAGGUCGAAAUUAGGAAACUUGAGUUGCAGGAGUUGGUCAACAUGUUCCAACACGAGGCUGAGACUCACGCACAGGUUCAUAAGCAUAUUUCUCGGCAUAACUUGCCCCCGACAGCUGGUGAUAAGUUGAUCGAAGACACAAAUUAUGUUCUUAUCCAAUAACUUCAACACCUCUCAAAACCAUUCAUUAGUUAAAUAACUGCAGUAGUAGGAUAAUUAAGACACCAAUGGUCAAGGACUCCUAGCGCGCGCUCGAGUGUAUUGGUGCCUGUUUACUUGUAAAAGAUAUUCCCAGCUCUUCUUGUCAAUCAUCUGAGUGUAAUACUAAUAGCAGUUUCCCUUACUGUACUGUACUUGUCUUCUCCGUGCUUCUCCAUCAAGGUACCUUAUGGAUCUUUGACCUAGAGCUGUUUAAUGUUUAAUUUCUUGAGUGACUUUCAAUUCA